AAGUUUUUAGUGACACAAGACAAGAGCGAAAGGGAUGAGACUACUGAACAAGAGAUAAUUACAAAACCGAAGAGACCAAGGAGCAGAAGAUCACUGAGAUUGUACCAAAAGUGUAUUAAGAUGAACAGAAUUGUGCUAUGGACUAUAUUUUUUGUUGGAGCAAUUGCACAACGCAAUAUGGAUGGAAAUGUUUUCUUAUUUCCCAAAGAAACUUCCACUGCAUAUGUGAUUCUGCUCCCAACUAUAACUAAGCCCCUAGUCAAACUGUCAUUUUGCCUAAGAUCCUACACUGAGCUCAGCCGAGAUCAUCCUUUAAUUUCCCUGGCAACACAUGGGAAGGACAAUGCCUUUAUCAUCUAUCCAACACCACCAGUUGGAUCUGAAGUUCAUAUUGAUCAAGAAGGAAGUCUGAUCAAGACGAAUCCAGACACGCUUGACUGGAAGCACACUUGUGUGACGUGGGACUCUGACACAGGAGUGAUACAGCUGUGGAUCAAUGGGAAGCUGUAUCCAAGAAAAGUUUUAAAAAAAGGAUUUUCUAUUGAUGCCCAGACAAGUAUUAUUUUGGGACAGGAACAAGAUUCUUUUGGUGGGGGGUUUGAUAUUAAGCAGUCUUUUGUGGGGGAAAUAACUGAUGUUCAUAUGUGGGAUUAUGUUUUGCAACCUAAAGAUAUACACAAGGUUUUGGUUAAUGAUAAGAAUGUUAAUGGGAAUGUCAUUAGCUGGAGAACAUUACAGUAUGAUAUAAAAGGAGAAGUCUUUGUCCAGCCCAAACUUCAGUGUAUUUCAGAAUAUUCACAUAAAUCAUAUUCCCAGUGCAAUGAAGACCAGCAACAUUUCAGUAAUUAGUAUUUUUCUAUUAUUUAAUAAAAAAAAGACAUCAAACUCAAAAUGAAAUCCCCCAUAAAGUGCAAGCAUUAAGGUGCAUAAACAUUGCUUGUGCUCAAUACUUACCGCUAUAGGGCCAUAUUAUGAGUGGAGCGCAAAUGUUUGCGCACAAGCGAUAAGGGGUUUAACAUAUAUGUCUAUAUAUGUCUAUAUAUGUAUUUAUAUGUGUAUAUAUGUAUUAACAGACACAUAUACACAUAUAAACACGUACAUACAUAUCAUUAUGUACACACAUAAGACAUAUAUAUAAGUGCAUUGGAGCCCUUUGCAGUUAAUUAGAUGAAAACUUGUAACAAAAAAUGUAUGCAAUAUUCAUUUUUAAUAAAGGUUUUAACUAUGUA